AUGGCAAUCACAUUGCCGGACAACGAAAACAGCCGCCCCGGUGGUGGCCACCUCAAUACACUCCAAUCAACGAAAGUCAAACAGAGACUGAAUCAAAUUGAUAGAAUCAGAGCGAAAGGAAUAGGGGACCAUAUCUCCCUGCCGCAACUUGUUGUGUGCGGUGCCCAGUCCGCUGGAAAGAGUUCUGUUCUUGAAGGCAUUACUGGGAUCCCGUUCCCCCGCCAAGAUGGUGUUUGCACCAAGUUUGGAACCGAGAUUAUCCUGCGACACUCACUAGAGACGGCCUCCAUCAAUGCAUCAAUUAUCCCUCAUAUCACCCGCGACGAGCAGGAAGCGAAAGAACUCAGGAGCUUCCAGCGCCGCCUGGAUGGAUAUGAGGAGUUGCCAGAUACGAUAAAAGAUGCAGCUGCGUGCAUGGGCAUCCGUGGGUUUGGAGCUCCCGGGUGCGACGGUCCGGCCUUCGCUGCAGACGUGCUCCGGAUCGAGGUCACUGGGGAUAUUGGCCUUCACCUCACGGUUGUUGACCUGCCGGGUCUGAUUUCCGUUGACGAAACCGGAGGAGAAGAUGUGAAGCUCGUCGAAAGCCUUGUAGAUUGGUACCUACAAAGCUCAAGAACAAUAAUCCUAGCAGUGGUUCAGGCCACCAAUGAUAUCGUUAUUGAACCGAUUAUCCAGCGUGCUCGCCAUUUCGACAAGUCCGGCCAAAGAACCGUCGGUAUCAUUACAAAAUCCGAUCUCAUCAACAAGGGAACAGAGGGGCGGAUUGCCCUGUUUACCAAAAACUUGGACCAAACCAAGCUGAAGCUAGGAUAUUUUUUGCUCAAGAAUCCGUCGCCAGAGGAGCUUGCAGCUGGCACAACUGCAUUAGAAAGGAAGAGGUUGGAAAUGGAAUUUUUCCGUUCGGAGCGAUGGAGAGAGCAUGGACUUAAUUUCUCCAGAGUGGGGAUUGAAGCAUUGAGGUCUUUCCUUCAAGUCCUUCUUGAGGAUCAUAUUGAACGUGAGCUGCCCAAAGUGUGCAAUGAAAUCGACGUUCUUCUUGAAAGAACCCAGGCCGAACUUCACGACCUUGGAGAGGAGAGGUUAACAAUCGGAGAUCAGCGACUCUUCCUCUCCAAGCUGAGUAUGGAUUUCCAAGGGAUCAUGCAAGCGGCGUUAGAGGGAUCAUACCACACUCACUUGUCAGGCUUCUUCAGUUACGGGGCAGAAAGCGCAACUCCACGCCGGUUACGUGCCCGAUUUCAUGAACUCAAUGGUCUCUUCGCUGACUAUAUGAGAGAUAAGUCGCAAAAGCGCAAUAUCGGUUCGCCUCGGGACCCAACCGAGGACGAAGAGAGCGGAGAUCAGGGAGAGGAAGUCGAGCAAGUGGUCGAAGAAGAUGACAGCUUAUCCAUCGGGCACCCUGGCCUUGACAACGGCCUCCCACCUUGUCAAUCAGUCUCGCGAGGUGCCUUUGACGGAUGGGUUAAACAGGUUUAUAAAAGAACGCGAGGACAAGAGCUGCCAGGGAAUUACAGCAACAUUCUCCUGACUGAGCUCUUUCACGAGCAGUCAAGUCGCUGGCCCCAAAUUGCAAAGCGACAUGUUAUUACUGUCCACAAGGAAACAUCCUCUUGUGUCCAGCUCGCAUUGAAUCACGUGAUCAAAGAUGAUCAUGUGCGCCAUGGAAUGCUCAAAAUUGUCAAUCGUCGCCUCCAGCAAACACUCGAUGAUGCUUUGGCAGAACUGCAAAAGCUCUGUAGCGAUGAGAAACUGCAGCCAAUUACAUAUAAUCACUAUUAUACAGACAAUAUCCAGAAAUCUCGCCAAAAUGCCACCAAGGCGGUCAUCCAGAAAGCGUUACAUGGGGCUUCUCAUGAUGUCCACGGUGUGCUCCACAUAAGUAAUACCGAAAGCGACAAGCUCAGGCUAUUAUCUUCGCUCCAAAGGCAUGUCGUUGUGGAUAUGGAUCAACAAGCAUGCGAGGAAGCAAAAUCUGGGCUUAAAUCAUACUACAAGGUUGCCAUGAAAACCUUUGUCGAUAAUGUUUGUCGUCAGGUCGUGGAGCGUCACAUUGCGCUCAGUGCUCGAAGUAUUCUCACGCCCACGGGUGCUCUUCAACUCUCGGAUGAUCAGGUCAAGGAAAUCGCAUCCGAGACGCAGAGCAAGCAAGAGCGGCGAAAUGAACUGAAGAUGCUGGAAAAGUGCCUCAGAGAAUGUGUAUGGGAGCUUAGCACGUAA